AUGUUUCCGAUCCAUCUCAUCGCAGUAGCUCAACUUGCGAUUGGGCUAGCGACAGCUUCUUAUGACCUUGGACCUGUGAAAGACCUCGAUCAACGACAGUUGAAGGCGAUCAAGUGUGUUGUGCCUGCUAAUGGCGACGGAUCGGACGAUACGCCUCACGUUCUCGAGGCUUUCGAAAAGUGCAAGUCCAACGGGCACAUCGUUUUCGAGAACACCACAUACCACAUCGACCAAGUGAUGAAGACGACCAAUCUCGACAAUGUCAAGAUCGAUAUCAAGGGAACUCUUCUAUGGAGCAAGAAUACCACCUACUGGCUCGAAACCUCGCUUCCUAUUGGUUAUCAGAACCAAACUGCUGCCUGGGUCCUUGGUGGUAAACACCUUCAAGUGAAUGGCUUCGGGUAUGGGACCUUCAAUGGGAAUGGCCAGACUUGGUAUGACUUGGUUAAAGGAGAAUCGAACUACCCCAAUCGCCCCCAUGCUCUUUUGCUCGAUGGUGCCGAAGACUCUGUAUUCGAGGGCCUCCGAUUUGUCCAAGCGCAGAUGUGGACGGUCACAAUCACGCGAUCCAAGCGUGUCCUCCUCCAGGACAUCUACGUCAACAACACAAGCUCCAACAGAAACCCUGCGCGAAACACUGACGGCGCCAACACCAUGUUUUCGGAUGACAUUCACUUUCGACGGUGGACCAUUCAGAACGGCGAUGACUGCAUCGCUACGAAGGCUAAUUCGACCAACAUCCUCAUUGAAGACAUGGAGUUCCAUGAUGGUCAGGGUGUUGCCAUUGGGAGUAUUGGCCAGUACGCGGGCAACUUCGAGACUAUUGAGAACGUCACAGUCAGAAACGUUGUAGCUUAUGGCUCGCGUUAUGCUGGUCGUAUCAAGACUUGGACUGGUGAACAACUGGGAUACCCUCCGAACGGAGGUGGUGCUGGAUUAGGAUAUGCUAAGAACCUCAGCUGGGAUAACGUCACCAUCUAUGAUGCUGAGCAGGCGCCCAUAUACGUGAUGCAAUGCAUUACUUACAACGGUCAACAGGGUAACUGCAGCACGUCUUUAUUCGACAUCUCCAACAUCAGCUUCACAAACUUUCGCGCGUUGAUCCUCCAACAGCAGCGACCGGGUACAGGUGCAGCAACAUCAACGAACCUCAAGGCUUUGAGUGUUCAACUUAGACGCGACAACACAGGAACUUAG